AUGAAAAUUGUAAUGUUUGAACAUAUACUACAGUCGUUUUUUCACUGUUCAGUAUAUUUAUCCCGACGAGGAAUUGAUAUAACAAAAUAUCGGCCAUCAAUACGAUUCAAUCCAGACAAAAUCUUGUUAACGCCAAAAAAUCCGUUGAUUCCGGGAUGUAUCAAAAUUAAAGCACUUGGAGUGCAGAUUGUAAAGCCAGUGAAGAAUCUUGUAGCUGAAAUUGAAAUGCGAAUCGGUGGUACACCGGAUCCAAAUAAUCCGACUUUACCGUGUUCAAAAAAGGUUGAUCAAAAAGUCAACCAAUGUCCUUGUGCAAAACUAGAAGGAUCCUGUGUAUUCUGUGAUUUUUGUAAGCAAAUGAAAAGUCAGUCAUCGCAUAUAAUGAUUUCGCAAACAGCUGAACUUGCUCAUAAAGUGAUUGAUGACGAUUGUCGUUGUGAAGUAAUGCAACCGGGUUUGUAUGAUAUUGAAACUGAAAUGUGCACACCGGAAUUUGACGAUGUUAAGGAGUAUAUUCCACCAGAAAUUCAAAAUAAUAUCUUGGAAAAAAGACCUAUAUCAAUGUUCAUCACUGUUUAUCUGAUGGAUAUGGAACAGAAGAAUGAAUCUUACAUUUCGGCAUUCGGUAAAGCGCUGUUACAACGACGGAUGGCUCAAAGUACUAUUGCAUGUUUCUUGAUGGGUAUUGAUGUUAAAGUUGCAGCACCAAAUUUGUAA